AAUUAAUGUCAUACUUCUAUUUUCAUGAAUUAAAAAAACCUAGACAUUAACCUAAUUGUUUUGGAUAUCAUCUUUUAUAUAGAAGUAGAAUGCUACCAAAUUGAAAUCUCUUAGCAUUGUUUAACAUUUGGAGGAGCUGGGAGGUGGGAGAGUUUUUAGGGUUUUAGCAGAGGUACGAGAGGAAGUGAAUUUGCAGGGUCUUAGCUCAGUUACAGUAAAAUGCCGCCCAAGUUCGAUCCUUCCCAAGUUGUGGAGGUUUUCGUCCGCGUGACAGGAGGUGAAGUAGGGGCGGCCUCUUCAUUGGCCCCCAAAAUUGGUCCUCUGGGUCUCUCUCCCAAAAAAAUUGGAGAAGACAUCGCGAAGGAGACGGCAAAAGACUGGAAGGGUUUGAGGGUUACUGUAAAACUCACUGUCCAAAAUCGUCAGGCCAAGGUUGCAGUUGUUCCAAGUGCUGCAGCUCUAGUGAUUAAAGCCCUGAAAGAGCCUGAAAGAGACCGGAAAAAGACCAAAAACAUCAAACACAGCGGGAACAUCUCGCUGGACGAUGUUAUAGAAAUUGCUAAGGUAAUGAAGCCCCGAUCUAUGGCAAAAGCUCUCGCGGGUACUGUUAAGGAGAUUUUGGGGACGUGUGUGUCGGUUGGCUGCACUGUUGAUGGCAAGGACCCAAAGGACUUGCAAGCGGAGAUCGAUGAAGGAGAGGUGGAAAUUCCGGAAGAUUGAUUAAUAUGGAGCGAUUUUGAUUAGGGUUAGUUUUGUUGUUUAAGUCGAACUUAUUAUUACUUUAAUCAUUCGGAAAUCUGUUUGUGUUAGAGAGUUUGAUUAGAGAGCAUUGCCUUAUGUUUUGUCCCUUUGUAAUCGAAGACAGAGAGGCGCCUUUAGUAAAAUAACUUGUUCUGAUUUGUUGCUUUA